AUACCACUAGACCAAAUGCCCUUUCAAUGAUUGUGCAUUGUGUUAGAUGUUCAAUUCCUAGACUUGUGGUAUGGUAAAUGGAGAACGAAUUGGGCUCGUAGCUCUAGGUUUGUAAUGCGUUAUGUUGUUCGUUCCACCACUCGGCUCUUGCUAACACUUUCUUGCUAAAUCCCUUCUUUCAGAGUAGUUGAUCUCCCGCCGGUGAACAGCGGGCGGCGGCGAUCUUAGCUUAGAGUGGUCUCAGUUUCAUACUCAUCUUUUUCUUCCUAAUAGGUUGGUUGCGCAUGAUUUACGCUCGCUCGUACUACCAGGGAAACAAUGUUCUUAGUUUGGUCUUAGUUUGGUUAACGAAUCAUUGUAGUAAUACUGAAGGUAAUCAGACAUUGCUGGUUUUUAUGGGAUGGUAUGGUACUCGACUCGACACUUGCUCUGUUUCCUUGACUCUUCUUUAAUAUGUGAACCUCUCAUUUUCCUAACUUCUAGCUAGGGACCCUUUAGAAGGGGAGUGAGUGACCCUCUGGAGUUUGAUUGGAGCUACACCUAAUUUGAAGGUGAUAUCCCAACUUGAAAUUGCCAUUAACCCAAUAUUUAUGGCCAUAAUCCUCUUUUCAAAUCAUAAAGUUUGGAAAUUAACCAGAAAUAGAAAAAGAAUAAAACGCCCACCGACGACUACGAUAUAGCAAUUAGCAACGCUCCCUGAAAGAGAGAUCUAGUGCUGCCCUGGCAACAGCUCAACUCCAUAAUCCAAAUCGAGAGCUCAAAUUUUUUCGGAAAUUAAGAAAGGAAAAUCUCUUUUUGUAAAAUUUCUCACUCACGCCACCAUCCACAUCUCAACUCCCUCUUUCCUUUGCUUCGAACCAAAGCUUCAGCCUUUUGCUCCAUCCAUCCGCGUCAUUUCUUCUCCAAUUUUCCCGACCUCCCAUUUCCCCGUUCACCGCCAUCAAUCGAUAACUGCGAAAAAGCAGCUUCCAUUUCAGCUGGGCGUGGAUCUCGAUCUCUAUCUCGCGGCGGCUACUGGAGAGAUUUCGCUUCCGAGUAAGUGAACUCCUUAAACCCAACUAUCUUUUGCAAUUUUUCUCUUCGUUUUGCUUAAUUAGUUUCAGAAAUUUGUGUUUGUGUGGGUACCCAUUGCUGAAUCUGAGCGGACUGAGCUUGGGUUUCCUUUUAUCUUGUGGAUUGUAAUAAAAAAGAUCUGAUUUUGGGGAAAUUUGGUGUUUUACUGGCGAGAUUUUUUGUAGGGUUUGAGUGAGAACUCAUGAAGGAAGCAGCGACUCCUUCCACUGAGCCAAUUGGGCAGAACCUCAUCAAGUUGAUAAGCAAUCUGUGCUUCUCAGUCUUCGUCUUCACUGUUCUGAUUUUCACUGUUAUUGCAAUCACCUACCAACCUCCAGAUCCAUGGCUGGAAUCAGCUCCAGCUCUCACCAAAUUCUUCACCCAGAGCGAGAACGCCACUUUCCAGAUCGACAAUUCCAUCUUCAAAACCGGCGAGGAUAUACAGACUGUGAGUAUUAGUGCUCCUGCUGCUCUCCCUUCGACGGGGAUCACAGAGGAGGUGAUCGAGAAAUCCGAAGCCAAGAUUGAGAUUGAGAAUGAAAAUGCUUCUACUACUCUGCAAUCCUCGGGCUGUGAGGAUUCAAACCUUGUCAAUUGCUCCGAUCCCAUGGUUCUGAUUGCAGUCGAGAGGUUCAAUCUAAAGCGUUUCAAGACCAACAUUGUGUUCUUGGACUAUCAGACUCCCGUUAAUGGCUCGAACCCCGAUGAAUGUGAUGUCUCCUGGAGGUUUCGUAACAAGAAGGAGAAGUCAUGGAGGAAGUACAGGGAUUUCAGGCGGUUCAAGUUUGGGUAUGGGGAUAAUUGCACCUACGAGAUUGUCCACGCGAAUGGCUGGCAUUCGGGUCUCAAUGCCCGUCGGCCAAGAGCUGCUACUAGACCUAGUGGUCGAACCAGGCCAAGAGUUGCUCCACCGGUUCGUGACGACGAGAUAAACGACACCAUCCCAACCCUAGGGUCAGACUUGAAUUUCAGGAAAGGGAAGUACUUGUAUUACUCAAGAGGAGGGGAUUACUGCAAAGGGAUGAAUCAGUACAUGUGGAGCUUCCUAUGUGGAUUAGGAGAAGCAAUGUACUUAAACCGAACAUUCGUGAUGGACUUGAGCUUAUGCUUAUCAGGUAGCUACAACCCUAGUGGGAAGGACGAAGAAGGGAAAGAUUUCCGGUACUACUUUGACUUUGAGCAUCUCAAGGAGGCAGCAUCGAUUGUGGAAGAGAGUGAGUUUUUGAGGGAUUGGAAGAAAUGGGAUCGUUCACACAAGAGAAAGAUCCCAGUGAGGAAGAUCGUGACUCAUAAGACAACACCAAUGCAACUGAAGAAAGAUAAGAGCAGUAUCAUCUGGAGGCAGUUCGAUUCGCCCGAGCCUGAGAACUAUUGGUACAGAGUAUGCGAAGGUGAAGCUUCCAAGCACGUACAGAGGCCAUGGCACGCGAUUUGGAAGUCCAAGAGGCUGAUGAACAUAGUGAGUGACAUCAGUGGGCGUAUGGACUGGGAUUUCGAUGCGGUUCAUGUGGUUCGAGGUGAGAAAGCAGUGAAUAAAGAACGAUGGCCACAUCUAGAUUCUGACACGUCCCCAGAUGCCUUGGUGGAGAAGGUUCAAAAGAUGGUUCAGCCAUGGAGGAACUUGUACGUGGCGACGAACGAGCCGUUCUAUAAUUACUUCGAUAAGCUGAGGUCACACUUUAAGGUGCAUUUGCUGGAUGAUUACAAGGAGAUGUGGGGGGAAACAAGCGAUUGGUUUAACGAGACGAGGGAAUUGAAUGGCGGGAGGGCAGUGGAGUUCGAUGGGUAUAUGAGAGUUGCAGUGGAUACUGAGGUGUUCUAUAGGGGGAAGACUCGGGUUGAGACAUUCUAUAAUUUGACGAGUGAUUGCAAGGACGGGAUUAAUACGUGCUGACUGGAACCAGGUUCAAUUCAAAUAGCUUCUUCCCACUUGAGAGUAGAAUGAUACCCUGUUGAAUUAUAUCGGCGAGGCAUUUUGUUCUUGUAUUGAUUCUGUUAGUUCAUUUGUUUGUGUGGAUGAAAACUGGGGAAAAGCCUCUGCUCCUGUGAUGUAAAUUUCACCUCUUGUUUUGGCCUAUGGUUCUAGUGAAUGGAGGAUAUCUAUUGUUUGCCACUUUUAGUGACUGGGGUCCUCCAUUUCUAUUGGGUUUCAGUAAACGAUUCUGAUCUGUGACUGAAUAGCAGGUCUCUGGUGAUAUACUCAGCACGGUGCAUUUGGUUGCAAGCGGGGGAUCUGUGUUCUUGUCUAUAGGUCUUGCUGGCUGCAUCAUAUUCGCUUCCUGUUUAGUAUCCUUGGAAUUCAACUCCAUCGAUUGUUUGGAAAGGGUUACAUCAUGGCCCUGACAGAACAAUUUUACCUAUGUAUCAUAUGAGAGUUUUAGGGUGGUGCAUAGCAUAAUACGUGAAUAUUUGAUGAUCGGAAUCGAAAGUAAUGUCAAAGGACCAUGAGGGCAAUGAUGAUGAUGAGAGGAGGAGGAGAACACACUAAUUUAUUUUCAACUCCCAUGCGUGAAGCCAACUGUACUUUACCAGGACCAUGAAGUGUAUAGAGUGAACGGUUAUGUCCAUUUGAGAUAAUUGUACACUAGAUAGAGAGAAGGGUAGAAUGGCAAGCUGUUCUGAGCGAGAUCACUGGAAGAAGAGCAACAUUACAUACCUGGUUCUGGUUGAUCAUGAUCGGAGAGUUGAUAAGAGAAUCGGGAAGCCACAAACGCAGGAGGCCAUAACCGUGAUAGUGGGCUUCGGCCGAGGAGAGGAACCUUUAGGCUUGCUUUUGGGGUUUGAAAACUUGAAAGAGACAUGGUUGAGAAGCCUCCGUGGGCUUUCUUUCUUACAAGUCCAAUUAUGUGCUGCCUUGGUAAUAUUACAAUUCUUAAUUGGAUCCAUCAGUUUGAGUUCGGUUAGUCGGUCAACCACCCUCUCUCGUUACCUUUCUGAAACACCGACCAUCUCCACUAAUCUUCAGUUUUCGGUUAACCAAUAACUGACAUUUAUCGGUUAUAAUUCACAGUUAUCCACUAACCGAAAACCGAAUGACCAGCUCUAGUUUUUUGUGUAUAGUCUCGAAGUUUGUUUGACAUUUUGAUUCAAAUUUUUGAAGACACUUUUUUUUUUAAUACACAUCAUCACUUAUACGGAAAAUGACAAGUAUUUGUUUUGAAGAUUGAUGAUGCGAAAAUGUUGUGCGAUAAUGUGAACAGUAGUUGGUGGAUUCAAUACUUGUUUGCGAUAUAAUAUUAGAGUAUAGAUAUUACAAGUGGAUUUAUGUUAUACUUAUACUAUAUUAUAUUAUUGUUGCACAUGUAUUGUGUAGGAGUUAUAAUCUCUAUAAAAACCAUAUAAAUUAGAGUAUUUUUCCCAAUUACAUUAACGUUAUUGUAAAAGCCUAUUCAUGUACCUUUUGUUUUUUAGCAUGUAGAAACCAUUUGAGGUUUGAGUAACAAAAACAUCCAAUUCUC